UCAUCUUCAUCUCUUCCAGUCAGACACAACAAAUUUUUGACACAUUUGGACGCGAUGUUGCUCUUCAUUACUGGGCCCAGGCUGUUGUUACUGAUUUUAAUGUUAAUAGGAUUGACAGUCGUCAAUGGUACAACAACGCCCACCACAACCAGACUUCCUACGACCACGCCCACAACAUUCAGACUUCCUACGACCACGCCCACUACAACCCCACUUCCCAGAACCAAUACUACACCUUCACUCCCUCUACUGAGACUGGUCCACCCCACCAGCCGCUGCUCUGGCAGAGUUGAGGUUUUCAUAAAUAACCAGUGGGGGACAGUGUGUGAUGACUUCUGGAGUCUGUCAGAUGCUGAGGUGGUGUGUAGACAGGUGGGAUGUGGCAGAGCUCUGGACGCACCUGCUGUAGCAUUUUUUGGACAAGGCACUGGGCCAAUCUGGUUGGAUGAUGUUCAGUGCAGGGGAAAUGAGACAGCAAUAACAGACUGCGCACAUCUACCUUUUGGGACACAUAACUGUGUGCACAAUGAAGAUGCUGGUGUAAUCUGUGAAGUCGUCAAUGGUACAACAACGCCCACCACAACCAGACUUCCUACGACCACGCCCACUACAACCCCACUUCCCACAACCACUACUAUGGCUUCACUCCCUCUACUGAGACUGGUCAACGCCACCAGCCGCUGCUCUGGCAGAGUGGAGGUUUUUGUAAAUAACCAGUGGGGGACGGUGUGUGAUGACUUCUGGAGUCUGUCAGAUGCUGAGGUGGUGUGUAGACAGGUGGGAUGUGGCAGAGCUCUGGACGCACCUGCUGUAGCAUUUUUUGGACAAGGCACUGGGCCAAUCUGGUUGGAUGAUGUUCAGUGCAGGGGAAAUGAGACAGCAAUAACAGACUGCGCACAUCUACCUUUUGGGACACACAACUGUGGGCACAAUGAAGAUGCUGGUGUAAUCUGUGAAGUCGUCAAUGGUACAACAACACCCACCACAACCAGACUUCCUACAACCACGCCCACUUCAACCCCACUUCCCACAACCACUACUACGCCUUCACUCCCUCUACUGAGACUGGUCCACCCCACCAGCCGCUGCUCUGGCAGAGUGGAGGUUUUUGUAAAUAAUCAGUGGGGGACGGUGUGUGAUGACUUCUGGAGUCUGUCAGAUGCUGAGGUGGUGUGUAGACAGGUUGGAUGUGGCAGAGCUCUGGAUGCACCUGCUGUAGCAUAUUUUGGACAAGGCACUGGGCCAAUCUGGUUGGAUGAUGUUCAGUGCAGAGGAAAUGAGACGGCAAUAACAGACUGCACACAUCUACCUUUUGGGACACACAACUGUGGGCACAAUGAAGAUGCUGGUGUCAUCUGUGAAGAUCAACGUCCUGAUCCUCAGGCUUCUCAACUAGUUUGCAGUAGUUACCUCAUGGAAGUUGGUGUGCAUUUGAGCAUUGCUCAGUCUCAUUUGAACGUAUUCUCUGGUCACAUGGCAGUUCUCUCCUGCUCCAACUACAGAGUACAAGAUAAUGUUGUGUGGUACCAAGCUCCACGUCAGGCUGGUGUCUGUGGAACUGUGUUGACGACCAACAGCACCCACGCCAUCUACUCCAACAACCUGUUUUUAUACCCAAACAACGGUUCCCUUGUUGUCCCUGAAGUCAUCCCAUUUUCCUGUGCAUACCCCUUAGAAACCAAUGCCAGCCUGACUGGCAUAAGAUCUCCUCUGGUGGAAGGAGGCCUUAGCAGUUCAGGUUCAGCAGCUAGAGCCUACAUGAACCUUUACAACUCUGGCUUUGUGUACGCCUUCACACCAGGCCAGCUCGUGCUGCCACGGGGCUCACCACUGCAUGUAGAAGUGUAUGUGGCUGACAGUGAUCCAGCCUUUGUGGCCGUUUUGAAUGAGUGCUAUACAACUCAGUCCUCAUCCCCUCAGGACCCUAGGCGAUACUCUCUUAUUUACUCCAGGUGUCCCGUUGACCCUCAGAGAGUGUCGGUGGUUGAGAACGGACAGUCCCUACGUGUUCGUUUCUCUGCCGUUGUCCUUCCUCUUCAGGGUUCAGACAUCUUCCUUCACUGCAAAGUCAGUCUGUGUGACAACAGGAGUUACAGCUGUGCUCCACUUUGCACCAGGAGGACAUACCGCUCUCAACCCAACUUGGUGCAGCUCCGUACCCUCAGUGUUGGACCCAUCACAUGGGAGCAUUGAUAACUGGGAUGAAUGGGAUGAAUUGGUUCACAGUGUAAUGGAUAUUUAUAAUUUCCAUUUACAGUAUAAUUACUCAGUUUAUCUUGAUGAAGCCAUAAAUACUUUAAUCCUUCUUGAAAUGCAUAUUGAUCAUAAUGAAUAAUAAUCAUGAGUAAUUUUAAUAUUUACAAUAUUAUUGCUUUGAUAUAUCUCGAGUUUGCAGGAUAUACUUAAUGUUGCCUAUACUGUGUAUUGUUAUUUCUUAGCUCAAACUAACUAUGAUUCUGUGUUUAACGCAGAAAACCCAAUUUGCAAUAAAGCUUUGAAAACAUGAA